GACAUCAGUCGCCAGUGGUCGCAGGUUCAACCCCCACCACCUCCCCUUCCUCUGCUCCACUCUGUUCUCUCCAAGAUCUUGGAGAAGCUCAGUGGACAUGGCGGCGUCAAUGGUUACGAGUGGCGGCGGCAGCAAGAAACGCAAGCACGAGCAGUCCACGCCCGAGCUCGGCCACCUCCACGAGGACAUGCUCGAGCGGGUCCUCGCGCGCCUCCCGCCCGCCAGCUUCUUCCGCCUCCGCGGCGUCUGCCGGCGCUGGCGCGACGCCGCGGGGUCGCCCGCCUUCCUCGCCGCGUGCGCCAGCGUCCCCGCCCGUGACCCCUGGUUCCUCAUGCUGUCCGAGCGCCAGGACGAGCGCCGCCCACCCAUCGCGUUCGACGCCGCCGAGCGGACCUGGGCGCGCUGCCGCGGCGCACCGGGGCCGGGGCCGGUACCCGUGGCUGCCGCGGGCGGGCUCGUGCUCUACCGCGCGGCCGACACGGGCGCGCUCACCGUCGCCAACCCGCUCACCGGCGCCUCCCGCGCGCUCCCGCCGCCCCCGCCGGCCACGCUCCAGGCCGUCGCCAUGUACGGCUCCCCCUACCGAGUCGUCCUCAUCCUCGGCAAGCUCACGGACCUCUCCAUGUCGACCUUCGACCCCUCCACCAACACCUGGUCCUUCCCGGUGCCGCUCUCCCGCAAGCCAGACCCAAACGCCUCACCCGCCACCACCGACGCACCAACCCCACGCGGCAACAACAACGAGGACGACGACGAAGACGCCGACGCCGACGACGAUGGCACGGUCUUCUUCCUGACCAAAUCCGGCACAGUAAUCUCCUCAACCACGGAACGCAGCCCAUCGCGGGAGCACUCCUCGGCCGUGACGUGCGGCCCCAACGGCUCCAACCCCGUGGCCUACUUCCUGAGCGGCUCGGGCGCGGUGGUGUCCUGCGACCUGGCUUCCCGCUUAUUCUCGGAGCUCCCGCGCGUCCUGCCCGUCCCCUCCGAGCACUCCAUCGACGUGGCGGCCUGCGGCGGGCGCGCCUACGCGGUGGUGCUCACGGAGUACCUGGACACGGCGAGUCUGCGGGUGUGGGAGUUCCUGGAGGGCGCGUGGGCGCAGGCGGCGGCCAUGCCGCCCGCCAUGUCGCACGGCUUCUUCGGCGCCAAGGCCGACGUCAACUGCGUCGGGCACGGGCGGCGCAUCAUGGUCUGCGUCAGCAGCUCCGGCGAGGCCAACGGCAGCUUCUUGUGCGACGUGGCGAACAACCGAUGGGAGGAGCUGCCGCGGUGCGCGGAUGGCGGGGACGGAGCGGCCGCGGACUUCGUGGCGUCAUUCUCGUUCGAGCCGAGGAUGGAGGUCGCCGUGUGAUGGCCGGAUCCUCCUCGCUGGUCACUUCCAGUUGAUGUGUAGUGUACGUAGGUAGAUUAGAUGGUUUGUGACAUUUGUCCAGUAAUUUCGGAGUUGCUUCAUUGGAAUCA